AUGUUUACAAACACUAGCACAUCGGGAAAUGUUGGACUUAAAGUGUACAAUGUUCACCAAGAUGACAUCACACCAGUAACUGUGCUUUUUAUACUCUUCGAGCUGUUUUGCGUCAUCGGCAACAUCGUCGUCAUCAUCAAAAUCAAGAGAAAGACACAGUUGACUAUCUAUGAUGUUAUGUCAAUCGCGUUUGUGAUCGUGGACGUCAUUGUAUGUGUGAUUGUUAUGAACUAUAAGUUAGCGUGGUUGCAUGUGGACGUUUCACAGCCAUCUGAAACGUGUUCAAUAAUCGUAUGGACAACAUUCACGUGUACCUUUUCGUCGAUGUGGUUUAUCCUGCUCAUACUUUCGGAUAUCACACGUGAAAUAUGCGAUAAUUAUAAAAUCAUUCCACAUUGUACAUGCGUACAACUUUCAUCACUGUCACGAACUACUUUAUACCUAGUAGGAAUAACUGUUUUUGUAGGUUUAGAAAGUAUUCCUAUCGUGUUGUUAGGGAGAGGCUCUCUCCCGCAGGAAACUGCGAGAGUAAUACUUUGCGGGGGAGGUGAUACAUACAAAGGAUCUAUUGACCAAACAGGAGGUAUUGUUGUAGUUGUGUUAUUGAUUGCGAAUUGGAUUGCGUUUAUUCUUGGAGUGGCAAUCCUUGCUGGGAAUAUAGUCAUAGCGACGUGUCAGAUAUCAAAACAAAAGCAAAAGGUCCGGCCGAACAAGGUGACAGCGCGGUCCAUCCAAAUUCUUGACACUGAAACUCUUUCAACAGAUCUACAGGGAGACUUAGAUACAAAUAUAACUGACGAAGCACCUACAUCGAGUUCAGUCAAUGCCAAUGCUCAACAAAAUUUGGACACAGACACCCAAAAGGACACCAGGGUAUGUGAUGAUGAUAAUAAGCACGAUACAUGUACCUCCCAAGCCUCAGAAAGCACACAUUAUAAUAAAUCGAGACCAGCCACUCCAGUCACUAGUGUUUCAAAACAAUUAACUGACUAUCAAACUGAUAUCAACGAUGAUGACGGUUUGGAUAAAUCCAGAACUCAAACUCCAGUCACUGCAUUCAACAGAGUCGUCGAUAAAGACUCACACGUAGAUGAUGUUAAACCUGCCAAUGUGAAAAGAUUGAAGAGUGCGGAUGGUGUGUUUAUUCGGAGAAAGGCUAUGCAUGAAGAGGACAUUAAGCUAACACUAACGGGAUCCAUCCUAGUCACCAUGGCAACCCGACGAUGGAAGAUCCGUAAACAGAACGAUACACGAAAACGUGUCGCCCUGUUGUACAUUUCAGUAGCCAUGUGUAUAAUUGUCACAUGGAUACCUGUAUUCUUAUUUACAUUUGAGGGUGUCUUAAGAAGUUUCUUUUUGGUACAAAUGUACUAUUUCACAUUCGCAUUCCGACCUGUUUUAUAUGGAGUUUUUAGUCCUUCGUGCCGCCAAGGCAUCAAUAAGCUAUUUACUCAAAUAUUCAAUAAAUGAAUUCAGACGGAUAAUGCUCUUAUUUAUUUAUCAUGUUUUUAUA